CCCCGCCCUCCCCGCGCCGAGCGGGCGCCGGCGGCGACCAUGGCAGAGGUGCGGCGCUGAGCUCCGCGCUGCCGCCGCCGCCUCCUGCGCCGGGGGAAGGCGGUUAUCCGUCCGGUAAGGGAGGGCAGACGCCGGCGCCUCCGCGGGGGCGUGUGUGAUGGUGCGGGCAUGGCGGGGCAGCCGGCGGCCGCGGCGCUGCUGAGGCGGGGGGCGGCUGGUCCCGGCCCCGGUGGUGGCGGCGGCAGCCAGCGGGGGCUGCCUCCUUCUCCCGCCCGCCCGGCGGCCGCCUCCCCCCGCCCCGGCCGGCGCUGAGGGAAGGAGGGAGCGCCUCGCCUCCCCUCGCCGUGCCGCCUCGCCUCGCCCCUCGCCGCCGCCGCCAUGCUGCCCGGGGUGGGGGUGUUCGGCACCGGCCUGACGGCGCGGGUGAUCGUGCCGCUGCUGAAGGCGGAGGGCUUCGCCGUGAAGGCGCUGUGGGGCCGGACGCCGGAGGAGGCGGAGGAGCUGGCCAAGGAGAUGAGCGUCCCCUUCUACACCAGCCGCAUCGACGAGGUGCUGCUGCACCAGGACGUCGACUUGGUCUGCGUCAACUUGCCGCCGCCGCUCACCCGGCAGGUCGCCGUCAAGACCCUGGGCAUUGGAAAAAAUGUCAUCUGUGACCGAACGGCGACUCCCCUGGAUGCCUUUAGGAUGAUGACCGCGGCUCAUUAUUACCCAAAGCUCAUGAGCAUCAUGGGGAAUGUUUUGCGCUUCCUGCCCGCCUUCGUGAAGAUGAAGCAGCUGAUCCAGGAGGGUUACGUAGGGGAGCUGCUGGUGUGCGAGGUACAGGUUCACAGCGGGAGCCUGCUAGGGAAGAAGUACAAUUGGAGCUGUGAUGACCUGAUGGGAGGUGGGGGCUUGCACUCGGUUGGCACCUACAUCAUCGACCUCCUGACCUUCCUCACCAGCCAGAAGGCUGUGAAGGUGCACGGGUUGCUCAAGACCUUCGUGAAGCAGACGGACCACAUCAAGGGGAUACGACAGAUCACCAGCGACGACUUCUGUACGUUUCAGAUGGUCCUGGAAGGCGGUGUGUGCUGCACGGUGACGCUCAACUUCAACGUCCCGGGCGAAUUCAAACAAGACAUUAUUGUGGUGGGUUCGGCAGGACGGCUGAUUGUAAUAGGCACUGAUCUCUACGGACAGAGCAACAGCUCUCCUCAGCAGGAGCUCCUGCUGAAGGACUCCACGCCAGUCAGCAACUCCUUACUUCCGGAGAAAGCCUUCAGUGACAUCCCAUCCCCUUACCUCCGGGGCACCAUUAAGAUGGUUCAAGCUGUCCGGCAGGCAUUUGAGGACCAGGACGACAGGAGGACCUGGGACGGGAGGCCCCUCACAAUGGCUGCCACUUUUGAUGACUGUCUGUAUGCCCUGUGUGUGGUGGACACCAUUAAAAAGUCAAACCAGUUGGGGGAGUGGCAGAACAUUUCAAUCAUGACCGAGGAGCCAGAACUGAGCCCGGCAUAUUUAAUCAGCGAAGCCAUGCGGAAGAGCAGGAUGUCUCUGUACUGCUAGCUCCUCUCAGCUCCUAGGAAAGAAUAGGAACCAGACAGCUCUUAAAGGAAAUGGUAAUUCAGCCCCUGUGAAGGGCCUGGGCAUCUUAGAAACAGCUGAGGAUAUGGGAGAAGGAAAUACGAUGUUUGGAUCAACUAAAUCUGUCGGUGGCUAAAUGCCAAAGUGAUAAGGUCCUUAGAAAUGCCCAAAACAGAUAGGAGACUUAAGAGCUGACAUAACGUUAACUGUUUUAAUAACAGUAUUAGCUGGCUGAUAGGAAAGAUAUAUCAUGGACUCAUCUCCUGCUUGCAGGUGCUUUAGAUUAUCCAAUUGUGUUUACUGUGAAAGGUUGGGAAGAUCCUUUUAGAUUUUCCUUACCUACCAGAGGGCUGUGAAGGUACUGUCAUGUCAUUAAAUUUUCUGUAGUGUCUGACAUGAAUGGUUCCUACCAUGACAGCUGACACCGCCGUGUUGUAGUACUACACCUCUAACCAACACACAGAAUAAUAGGACUUGGUGGGAAAGUGUUGCGUGAUAUGGAAAAUCUUGGCAGCUCACUUUUCAUAUAGCUUGUUAGGAGCUUCUCUGUGUUGGUUUAGCGAGUUGUUUUUUUUAGUUUGUUUUGUUUUGUUUUAUUUAAAGCACAAUUAAGUAGGAAAAUGUGUGUUUUUUAAAACAAAGCAGUCCUCAACCGCAGUGUAUAUGCCCCAGUAUCGGGGGAGGGAGGGUCUUCUGUGAGCUCCCGGUCAGCUUCAGUGUUAACUGCACAGAUUUGCUGAUUAAAAUGGGUUGUGCAAAACCUUCAUGGAUGGCAAGUGGCACGACACAGUAGUGAUAGUGGGUUUUGUUACACAGCUGAACUCAGGCUAGUCUUAUGAAGGUUUACACACAAGUUCCUGUGUCUGGGACUGACUUUUGAGUGAAUUCGUCGUGUGUUUUGGUUUUAGGUGGAAAACAGUAGAAAUCUAACCCGAAACCAUAUGAUGCUUAGAACGGGUGCUGUUCUUUUAAACCUUUGUGAACUCGCACUUGAGAGAUGCGUACCGACAAUUAAUUUCAUAUCGCUCAAGGCAGAAGCUUUCACUUCCACCAAGUGGUGGGUGUGAGUGAAAAACAAAGGGAUGAGAAAAUUUCCCGUCCAUUUCCAACGAAAAAGAUUAGAUAAAGGCCCCCACCUCUUCACCUCCUUAAAGUGGCUGGCUACUGGUACUGUAGUAAUCAUUCCCUGUUAUCAGUGCAGGGGUGGACAAACUCUUUUGAUAUGUUUGUCGUGUUCUUGUUAAUAUUUUCGAUUACAGUCUUGAAAUAAUAUAUUCUUUUGAGAAUAUAUUCUUGAAACAAUAUAGUGACAGGCACAUGAAUUACCCCAGUAAACAGGGAUACUGCUUUUCUGCAUAAAGCUGCUCCAGUGCUUAUAUGUUUACAGUGCUACGUCCUCAGAUAGGAAGAAAGUAGAACACAAGCAUAUAGCACUAAAUUAUAUUAAACUUGAGAAAAACCUUUUCAGGGUUUUUUGUUAAUUUUGACUAGGGGAAAGAAGAGAACGUUUGGAUGAGCAGUAAAUUAAAAGAGAAAAUAUGACCCUCUUUCUCAAGGCUAUCGCAUUAGUGUUGCCAUUUUAGGUUAAAAAGAGAACUGUCAGAUUAAUUUAGAUUUUUUAAAAAGCACAUGCAGUUUUGCUAUUUUUAGGAGCGCUAAGGGCUUCUCUAGGGCUUCUCCUACAAAUGACUCCGUCUGAUUGCUGUAUGCUCCUGCCUGUCCUAUACCCAGUUUGAGAGCUUCAUGGUUUUGAACAGGAGGGCAUCAAUAGGGUGGUUUAUCUCAUCUGACUUUAGCCAGAUGAAAGUCAAGUGUCUUGUCCUGAUGCGCUGCGCAAGGACACGGUAGUCAAUACGGAGCGAGGUCUCCAAAGGCUGACUCGGUUAAUCCUAAAAUUAAUACAGAAGGAGGUGCUCAUUGGAAAUUCCUGUCCUCCUCCUUUGCAGAGAAUCUUGGCUUCUAAAUUUUUAGGUGGCUAAAGUUAGGAAACUUGACUCCCACCGCAAAAUUAUUAAUGUGUGUGCUCAAUUUUUGAAGAGCGUACUUGUGACCUUUCAUGAAAUAUUCCCCAAAGUGUAACAGUGUGACUGGUGAAGGAAUAACGUAAUACUGCAAAACCACACCCAAAUGGAGAAUUGUUUCUAUCCAUGUUGUUUUGCCAGUCCUAGCAACUGUCUCUGGGGCUGACCACUUCUGCUAAGACCUCGGGCAAGCUUUCAUCAUUCCUUUUUGAAAGCAGCCCUUGCCAAGUUUGGAUGUUUUUCCUAAAAAUGGAUUUCUCUGAGAAUUCCUGAGGUAGUGCCAACAGGAAUUUCCUAUUAUAAUUGUCAUGGUAUACCAUGCUAUCCAGUUCCUGCCCUGAAAAAAUACACAGAGAAAUACAGAAGAGAGAAUUCGAUCAAGAAAUCAUCUCUCUCUUUCUCCUGAAAAAUGGAAUUAUCCCCAAGGGGAUCAAGAGAGUUUUCAUAUAGUAAGGCAAAAGCCAUUUAUUGAAAUUAGUGGAUAGUUCAAGUCAUGAACGCAAGCCUGGUGGAUAAUUAACCAUGUCUAGUUAAACAUCAUCCAAAACUGGAACUAAAUUGGACGAAAACAUUUGUGACUCUUGCUUCUUAAUGGUUUGACCAUUGUGCUGGAAUUGCUGUUCAUGUCUUUGCACCUCGUUUUGGUUCACAAAUGUUGACAGUUUUUCCUAUCUGUAUUUUCUUUUUUUUUUUUCUGUGUCUUUCUGGGUUUUGUGAUGCCAGCUGGAAGAAGAUAUGCUGGAAUCCUGUUCCCGCCCCUGCAGUGAACAGUCCUGUCCCUGCAGUGAACAGUCCUGUCAUGGUUUAACCCCAGCUGGCAGCUAGGACCACAUAGCCGCUCCUGCAGUUCUCCCCCUUUUCCCCUAGAAAGGCAGGAAGAAGAGGGAGAAAAGGGUGGGUGGGGGGGUGGGAAAAGCCUUGUGGGUUGAGAUAAGGACAGUUUAAUAGAACAAUAAAAGAAAAGGGAAAAUAACCAUAAUAAUAAUAAUAAUGGUAAAUGAAUACACAAGAUAAACCAAUGCAACACAAGUCACUCUCACCACCCAGUGAACUGGUUGCUCAGCCCAUCCGGAUUCCUGCCCUCCCCGGCCAACCUCCAUUUAUAGACCGCACAUGACGUCUACGGUACAGAAUAUUCCACUGGCCAUUCCAUUGUUCUGUCUAGGCUCCUUCUCAGCUUCUGUGGGAAGCUGAAAAAAGUCCUUGAAUAGCAUAAACAUCACCUAGCAACAACUAAAAAAAUACGCAUUAUUGACGUUCCUUCCAUACCAAAUCUGAAACACAGCAACCACUAGAAAGAAAAUUAGCUCUAUCCCAGCUGAAACCAGGACACGUCCCCAGGCGAGACACAGUAUAUAUUGAUAGCACUGCUGAGCUCCACCUUUCUGUCCCAGAUCCAAAGGUUUGGGUGACAGGCAUUAUCCAUCCCCUGUGCAGACUUACUGAUGCAGGUAGUGCUGCAUAGCAGAAAGAAAAUCUAAUGCUUUGGUUACGUAGCCAUCUGAUGCUAGUGUUAGUACUGGCUUGCAAAUGGGUUCAAUCCUGUACAGCUCGUUGUGGGACCACAGUGCUGGCCCCAGAGAGGCAGCCAGAAUGAGCAGGGGUGGGGGUGGGACCUCCUCUUCUGACAGCAACAGAGACCUUACGCUAGAUUUAGGUGAAGUCAUUGCUGAACGGGGAAGACAGCAGUAACGGCAUACGUUCCGGACUGUAUGACAGUUUUUCCAUUCUCUAGGAGGUGAAGGUGCUGUAAUGUCAAGUGUAAAGAUACUAAACUUCCACCUGCCUUAGAAGAGGAAGGAAUUUGGUUUAUUUAUAGAAUAUAUAGUACUAUUCUGAUCAAUUGUUACUUUACAGUCUGGGAUAUUUCUUGGCAGCAUCAAGCCCUCUGCUAUUUUGGUGUAGUUGAAAGUACAUUGAAUUGCCCUAAGUAGCCUCCGGAGUUCAUGCUGGGUUUAAGAAUUUGGGCAGCAGAUAGCAGAGAUGGACUUGAUUGAACUCAAAAGCGGUACCACACCAGGAAACGUGUAUUUGGAAUUGCACUUUUAAUGCUGUUCUUGAAUGCUGUGCCACAAGGUUUGAGAUGUAUGCUGCUAGAGCUGGUGCAGGCCUAAUAGCCAAACUGCGGCUACUGCUGGAAUUUAGUUCCAGCUACUGCUGGAACAAGCUCCAAAUGAGCUUGUUCAUACACUAGGUAGGAAAUGUUCGUUCCUCUUUCCCAGGGCUGCUGUUGGAGAGGCUCUUUCCUUUGCCAUCAACCUGUGCGCAGAGGAUACUGAACGUUAUGGUCUGUUGCCAAAGACAAAGAGAGCCAAAGGGGAGAGCCCAGGUGAAAUGCUCUGCUGCUCUGCAGGGGUCUGUUCCAAGGCUGGGGCGGUCAGCUGGGAGACAGUGUCUUAUUUUCCAUGGGAAUUGCAGUGGGGUCCACACCAGGGGUAGGGCAACCCUAUGCUGGGCAACUGAAGUCCUUCCAUGUGCCCAAAGAGAGAGUGGUGGCUGCAGCAGGGAGUGACAGGGAGGUGUGCCUGCAGUCUGGUACCUGCAAUGCCUGCGCCAACAGGCAGAAUAUGGUGGUCACACGAAGGGUGAGGGCUGCACCUCCCAGGGGUGACAGCAGCAGCCUUGCUCCACCACUGUGUUUGGGAGCCCGAGAAGGGACCCUGCCCUUUGGGAAGCACCAUCCGUCCUCUACUCCUGCUAGAUCCGUGCACAUCCUCAGCGCUGAACUCAAUGAAGUCCUUACAUGGAGGCAUAAGAACUCUGCAACAUCUUGGGGUUUCCUAUAUCUAAUAUCAUGCAUGCGUUAAAUUAGCAGUACUUUAGCGGUGUAGUUAGAAAAUACCAACUAGAGAUGAUACAUCCUUAUCCGUGCAGCCAAUAUGGCAGAGAAUCAGGACAUGCAUAGAUGAGUUUAGGCUGAGGAUGGGCUGCUGCGGAGCUCUUCCUUUGCUUUGGCUGAAAGCAUGAGCACUUCCUGCCCAGCCAGCACAGGGCAGUCAGAGGCACUCUCCACUUUGUACUUCGUGUUUCCUUCUUUUGGAUAGCUUUCGAAUCAGUGACAAGUGAACAGCUGUCCUGGAAGUUCAGCCAUUCAAAAAAGGAUGCUUUUCUGCUGCACGUGGUCACAGCGCAAGGACAAUUCAUUUUCUCUGUUACCUUGUUUAUUUCUGUGUCCAUACAAAUGUGGAAAAGACCCAGACAAUUUAAAAUGACUCAUUUAUCUACCAAAAAAAAAAAAAAAGCAGAUUUUAUUUAAUGAGUAAAGGUAAAGAUAGUAUCUUCAUAGUGUCUUUGCGGAGAUUCAGAAAUUACUGAUGACAGAAUUUCUUGUUGCUGAGAAUUUUUAGAUUUGACUUUUAUCUAUUGCCUUCAGUAUAAAAUACCACAAAUUAGCAAGUCCCUUCACUGUUAAGUUCUGUAUUUACGAGGGUUUGAAAGCACCCAGCAGACCUUUGGCUUCGGGCAGAUAAUCAACACGGUGGUGUGAUGUUCCAGUGGCCCAGCGAUGUACCCUUAAGUACAUAUGAAACUCAGCACUGGACUGUUUGACCUCUGCGGUGCUCUCUGCGUAUCUAGGACUAGUUGGGAAAUGUCAGGAUUGUUCAGGAUAGCAGCUUCUUGCUGUUGUUGUUGUUGAAGUUGUUACUUGUGGGAAGCAAAGUUUGUAAAUUUUAGAGACGAAGUAUAAUCGGCAGUCUUAUCUGCUUUAAAAUUUCCUCUCUCUUGAGCUGCUGGAUGAAGUCUGUCCAAGAAAAAUAAUUUCCCCUUCAACAAUAACUGCCCACUUCCAUUUGCUCAUGAAAAGAAGAAAUUUUAAGUAGACGGGACUAAACAUAAUGCUGCAUUCAUGAACCAAUGUCAUAACCUCAUGACUUACUGAGCGUAUGAAGCCAGAGCCCAGGCAAGUAAUGACUUUUUCAAAGCUGCCAAAUCAAAGCCAUGGGGUUGGGG